AUGGAGACAGCAAGUGCGAAAACCUCCCGCAAACGACGAACCAAGAAAAAACUAAAAGAAGGUAUUAGUCAUAACGUCUGUCAGUCUGCACAAGAAAAUUUUUCAAACGUUUUCCGCUCACACGCUGCAUUAGUACCAUUUCUCAUGUGGAUUCUGCAAGAGAAAGGCAAUCAACUCGUUGUUGUAGAAGAUUUAAGUCCUACCUUAUAUGUGGGUCAACUCCCUGCAUGUCUCAAGAAGGGAAACUAUUUUCCAAUACCUCAAGGUGUCAUGGAUAGUCAAUGGCAUUUCUUCCAGAAUGGCAAAGAAGUUUUUCGUGGUACCAAAUUGGAAGAAUUGGAAACGUCUCCAGAAAAUCCACUUGUUCUCCGUUUUU